AGCCAGGUGCCUCUGCAAUCCCGGCUCCCGGCCCCGCCCUCUGCCCCGCCCACAGGCCUCGCAGUCGCCGCGGACGCCGUUCUUGCGCAUGGAGUCGCCAUUUUGCUCCUAGAGAAGCCGUCUGGAGAGCUGGCGCUUUCUUCCUUCGGCAGCCGAGGCUGCGGCGGGGCCGGGGCUGGGGUCGGGGCCAGGAGGAAUUUUGUUGUCAGAGAAUAAAAGGAGGUUGUCCAUAAUUGACUUUAAGCAGCAAAACAGUAAAACACUGAGCUCUUCAGCUCCACCUUUCUUGCUCUGAGAAUUGGAAAACCAAGAAGGUUUUGAUGUUUUGUGUGGCGCCACCUGAAUUAGAAACCAAGAUGAACAUAACCAAAGGAGGUCUGGUGUUGUUUUCAGCAAAUUCUAAUUCAUCAUGUAUGGAGCUCUCGAAGAAGAUUGCCGAGCGGCUGGGGGUGGAGAUGGGCAAAGUGCAGGUUUACCAGGAACCUAACAGAGAAACAAGAGUACAGAUUCAAGAAUCCGUGAGGGGAAAGGAUGUUUUCAUCAUCCAAACUGUCUCAAAGGACGUGAACACCACCAUCAUGGAGCUCCUGAUCAUGGUGUACGCAUGUAAGACCUCUUGUGCCAAAAGCAUUAUCGGCGUGAUACCCUACUUUCCUUACAGCAAACAGUGCAAGAUGAGAAAAAGAGGCUCCAUUGUCUCUAAAUUGCUGGCUUCGAUGAUGUGCAAAGCUGGUCUAACUCAUCUCAUUACUAUGGAUUUACACCAGAAGGAAAUUCAAGGCUUCUUCAAUAUUCCUGUUGAUAAUUUAAGAGCUUCUCCCUUCUUACUGCAGUAUAUUCAAGAAGAGAUCCCGGAUUACAGGAAUGCGGUGAUCGUGGCCAAAUCUCCAGCCUCGGCCAAGAGGGCACAGUCUUUCGCCGAGCGUCUGCGCCUGGGAAUCGCGGUGAUUCACGGAGAAGCACAGGACGCCGAGUCCGACCUGGUGGAUGGACGGCACUCCCCGCCCAUGGUCAGGAGUGUAGCUGCCAUCCACCCCAGCCUGGAGAUCCCCAUGCUGAUUCCUAAAGAAAAGCCCCCAAUCACAGUUGUUGGCGAUGUUGGAGGAAGGAUCGCCAUCAUUGUGGAUGACAUCAUCGACGACGUGGACAGCUUCCUCGCCGCAGCAGAGACCCUGAAGGAAAGGGGCGCAUAUAAGAUCUUUGUGAUGGCGACUCAUGGCUUGUUGUCGUCAGAUGCUCCCCGGCUGAUUGAAGAGUCCGCCAUCGAUGAGGUGGUGGUUACCAAUACGAUUCCACAUGAAAUCCAGAAGCUCCAGUGCCCCAAAAUUAAAACUGUGGAUAUCAGCAUGAUCCUCUCAGAAGCCAUCCGUCGGAUUCACAAUGGGGAGUCCAUGUCCUACCUUUUCAGAAACAUAGGUUUAGAUGACUGAACAGCUUUCCUUUCUUAAAAUUCCCGAGGGCCAAACUGGAAGUGGAGAGUACCGUGAGGGGUCAUGCCUGAUGCGAUGUACUUCCCAGGGGCCGUCUGUGCUUUGUUCCUUCCUUUUUGUUAAUUCCUACGAAGAUAGAGCAACUUUUUAUGUCAGGUUAGGUGUUUAUGAGUUUUUUGGGCGAUUUUUAUAAAAGAAAACUAUAUUCUCCUCCUAAAUGAAUUAACAACCCUGGUUGUUUGUAGUUUAACUAUUUCAACAAUAACCUGGAAUAAGACUUUUAAGCCCACAGACAGCCUUUUUCCAAAGUUGCUGGAGCCCAAGUGCUUAAAAAAGUUCAUGAAAUCAAAUGAUCUAUACUGUGUCAUACCUGCAGCUGAAAAGCCAAAAAGAUGAUACUGUCGAAUCCCAGCAAAUGACAUUUUUAGAAAUGCUUUUAUAGACAUGCAUAUGUGAACAAUUAUUACGUGACCAUUAUUUAUUUUCUGCAACAAAAGAAGGAAUAAAAAACUUACACUGUGUGUUUUUUUUUUUUAAACUUUGUGUUUGGGCACUUUUAUAACUAAAAUAAAAACGCUGAAUACACGUGCUGUGAAUGUUGAA